AUGGGCAGCCUAUCACGCGAAGGCGCUACGGACGGGGAUGAGAUGCCGCCAGCUCCCGACCCCGUCGCGCUGAAGAUGUUCACGUCUCCGGGAAAGCCGCUGGUCACGGUCGAAGAGUACUUCCGGAAGUACAUUGAGCGGGAGAACGAUCGCAGGCGCCGCCAGCGCACCGUCAUCCAGCCCGAUACGCCCGCGGCGCGCCGCUCCGCCAUCAUGAGCGAGUACUUUCUCAAAUGGGGCAAGCUGCUGUACUGGUGCCGCCGCUGCUAUCUCCUGCCGGCCUGCUGCUGCUGCGCGCGGAUGCGCAGCGUGCCGCCGCCGCCGGGGCUGCGCGUCGUGGUGUGGAUGCACGAGCGGGAGUACGGCCGGGGCACGAACACGGGGUGCGUUUUGCUGCUGACUCUGGGAGAGGAGUAUUGCAGAGUCCUCCUCAGGGGCGUCGGAGAGCACGACGAAGUGAUCGAGGAGGUGUGGAACGGCCGCUUCGACGGCGAGGCGGCGACGGUGGGGGUGUUGUGGCCCGGCGGGGGGGUGUCUCCUGACGAGUUCAAGCGCAUCGCUGACGUCAGGUCGGGCGGGCGGGCCGUCCUGGUCGCUCUGGACGCAACGUGGGGCCAGGCGCGGAAGCUCGCCGGCGCCGUGCCCAGCCACGUCACCAAGGUUUCGCUCACCCCGGAGAAGGCGGGGGUCAUCGGGGAGGGCGGCGAGGUAGUGAGGAGCCUGCUUGCCCCGGCUCGGCAGUACAAGGGGAGCCUGGCGGACACGGGGCGUAUCUGCACCGCAGAAGCAGUGGCGUACGCUCUGGCAGAGAUGUACGCCGCGCCCGACGCAGGGGGCGCGUGCUGCCCCGACGUCGGCGCCACGACGCGCGACGCGAUUCUCGAGAACGUGCGCGGGAAGGUCGACAUGGUGUGUGCGCAGUCCAACCGCGCGGCGGCGCACGGGACAGACUGGGCGGAGCCGCGGAACCAGCAGUGGAGCCGGGAGGCGAAGCAGGUGCGGGCCGCAGGGGGGGAGUACAGCUUCGGUCCGGGGACGGACCGGCCGCCGGAGGAGAUCUGGGAGGCGCUGGUGGGUCCCGGGGGGGAGUGCCAGCUCGAGGCGGACCCGUACGCCGAGAAGCGAAUGAAAGUGCGGGAAACGAACCGCGCCGAAGCUGAACGACGGAAGCAGGAGCGGUCGAAGCGACCAUGA